AUGAAUAAAGCGGGCAAACACAUACAAUCGGGCGCCAGUAAUGGACCCUUAAUAGCACCCCAAUCACCGCUGCUGCAAACAUCCACAACAGUUGGGGGAGGUGGUGGUGGCGGCGGAGUCACCGGCUCAACACAAGCUUCCAAGAAUGUGAUCACAUCGAUAAUGAAUUUUUUGCCCGACAAUCGACCAAUCACAUCGCUGCACAUUGUUGAAGACUAUGAAAAAUGCCCAAAGAAUUUCACACCCAUCAGUCGUACUUAUGAUCAAGAUGCCGAUGCCGAUUUGUGGCGGGAAAGUAAUUAUCUAUUUGGACGUCAGACCACACGCUACCUAUGUUUAUCGAAAACCGAGGGCUUGCCAGAAUAUGUUGUGGAAACGCUAAAAGUAAUUGCCGAAAAAAUUGCCCCACCCAAAGAAUUCUCACUGUUAUCACGUACAGCCGAUUCCGAUCAGAAGGCCUGGCGUAAACGACAAAUUGCCUAUAAAUUGUCUAAACGAGGUACCGUAACACAUGCCGUUACCGAUAUUAUUCUGUGUUCGAAAUUGAAAAUUGCACCAGAUGGGUUUAAGCUGGCGGGUGAUAUAAAUGGUAUUUUAAUUUGUUAUAAAACUGGUGCAAUACCUGUACGCUUGCCACCUCCCGUACCCGGUUUGGCGCCAGCACAAACUAAUGGUGGUGGCAAUGGCAGCUCGGAAGUGGAAAAGGCUUUAAAUCGUUUAAAUCUCAAUAAUGGCUCGAGAAAUCCUAAACAACCACUGCCGCCAGUGCCCAGCAAUGCCGAGGACCAUGACUAUGAAGAAAUUCAACAGUCGUAUCAAAUCAAUUCACCACUGAGACCUGCCCCCAGACCACCAACGUCAGCUAAUAAUAGUACAUGUUCGGGUCAUAGUAUUGGUACAUUGGGUACCUACACCGAUGUUGAAGGUGUGCCAUUUGUGAUUAAUCCUUUAUUGAAAUCAAAUAAACAAAAUGAGCUCUCGACACUGCCACAACUCAGCGAUUUUGUAUUGAAAAAAGAACUUGACUAUGAUUUCCAAUUGGAAAGACAAACCCUGUGUGCCAUGAAAUCAUCGGCUUCCAAAAAUCCAUUUUUUAAAUAA